AAAUCCUUUCCGGAAGAAUCAACAGAUGACGGAGGAGAAAAGCAGCCGCAAAAUCCCGCAUCCGCCCGGAACAAUAUUUGCGUUUUUAUUAAAAACUCUUAAAAAUUAGGAAAUUAUCAGAAUUACUUUUUAAAUUACAAAAACAAGCUCUUAUUUUCACGCCAAACUAUUUUUAAAUACCCUUUUUAUCUUCCGGGUGAAUAAAAAUUCUAUAAUUAUAACGCAGACGAUUAUAAAUUUAAAAAAAGUCGACAUCAAAAGAAAACAAUGCCUGUACCUGUAUCCGCAUCAAAAUGCUCUUUAAAAGCAGAACUUCAAGGAGAAGAAGUUCGAACGUCUGUUGUAACCACAGAAACAAACAAACGUGAAUCAAGUGCUCUUCCUGCCCUAACCCAAUCGGAUGACGACCGUGAAACAUGGGACAAGAAAGCAGAGUUCCUGUUGGCAGUCAUUGGUUUUGCAGUAGAUUUGGGAAAUGUUUGGAGAUUUCCAUUUAUUUGUUACAGAAAUGGAGGAGGAGCCUUUUUAGUUCCUUAUGUAAUUAUGCUUAUAUUCGGAGGUUUGCCUUUGUUUUAUUUGGAAUUAGCUCUAGGACAGUACUAUAAAAGUGGUUGCAUCACAAUUUGGGAUAAAUUGUGCCCAAUGAUGAAAGGUAUCGGUUGUGCCAUCUGCUUCAUUGAUUUAUAUAUGGGUAUGUACUACAACACCAUCAUAGCAUGGGCGUUUUAUUAUCUAUUUGCAUCAUUUACAUCAGAACUUCCAUGGACAAAAUGCGACAACGCCUGGAACACUCCUCACUGCCUGACUCUUGCUGAAAGAAGUCUCAACGCAUCAAAUGAAUCAGUCAGCCCAGCACAAGAAUAUUUUGAACGAAGUGUGUUGGAAAUUCAUAAAGCUGAUGGAAUUGAUGGAAUUGGCCCCAUCAAGUGGACUUUGUCGUUAUGUUUGAUGGCUGUCUUCAUACUCGUCUACUUUUCUCUCUGGAAAGGUGUCAAAAGUUCUGGAAAGGUGGUUUGGUUCACUGCCACAAUGCCGUAUGUUGUGCUUUUUAUUCUAUUGUGCCGUGGUGUGACUUUAGAAGGUUCUAUGGAUGGAAUUAAAUACUAUUUGUAUCCGAAAUGGGAGAAACUACUCGAAAGUGAAGUUUGGAUUGAUGCUGCAACACAGAUUUUCUUUUCCCUCGGCCCUGGAUUUGGAACGCUUUUAGCUUUAUCGAGCUAUAAUAAAUUUCACAAUAAUUGUUACAGAGAUGCAAUAUUUACCAGUACAGUAAACUGCCUGACAAGUUUCCUGGCUGGGUUUGUCAUCUUCUCCGUUUUAGGUUAUAUGGCCCACAUGUUAAAGAAAGACAUUGAAACAGUCGCUACGGAUGGACCUGGCUUAGUGUUUGUUGUGUACCCAGAAGCUGUGGCCACUAUGAAAGGUUCUGUCUUUUGGAGUAUUCUUUUCUUCUUAAUGCUCAUCACCUUGGGAUUAGAUAGCACGUUUGGAGGUUUGGAAGCCAUGAUAACUGGUUUGUGCGAUCAGUUUCCUACUCAUCUACGUCGCAACAGAGAACUAUUUGUUGGCGCUGUUGUAAUUUUUAUUUAUUUCUGUGCAUUGCCUACAUGCACCUACGGUGGCUAUUACGUCGUCAAUCUUCUUGAUUCGUACGGGACAUCAAUGUCAGUUUUGUUCAUUGUAUUUGUGGAAGCAGCAGCUGUUUGUUGGCUUUAUGGAGCCGAGAGGUUUUCUGAUCAAGUUAAGGAAAUGCUGGGAUUCAAACCAGGAAUAUUUUGGAGAGUUUGCUGGAAAUACAUUAGUCCAAUUUUCAUUUUGAGUAUUUAUAUUUGCGCAAUGGUCAAAUAUAAAGAUCUGACAAUAAGAGAUUACGAGUAUCCUAAAUGGUCUAUUGGUGUUGGCUGGUGUUUAACUGCUUCUUCAUUGUUAUGUAUCCCAGGAUACAUUAUCUACUUUUUCCUUUCAACUCCUGGAACAUGUUUGGAGAGAAUUCGAAAAGGUUUGAACCCAAGUACCGACACACAGAGGACACAAGAAAGAAUUCCCAUCAACUUCAAAUUUCUCAACUUCAAAUUUCUUCAAAAUUCUCAAAUUUUAACUUCAAAUUUUUCUUCGGAUGAAUAACUUCCGUGCACCAUUUGCGCAAACAAUACUUGCCAACAAUGUCAAUUUUUAAUGAAAAAAAAAGCUGUUAUUCUUUCUUAAAAAGCAAGUCGCUCAAACGCUUCUCACAUUUCUUCGCAUCUAUGUUAACUCUUUGAAGAGAGAAAACAACGAAAAUUGCUUGAACAUGUUUUCACAUCUUCAUUUUUUGUGUACCACACUUGAACAAUUUUUUUUUCUCCACAUAAGCGUUCUUCGUACCUGUAUUGAAUUAUUUUUAAAUGUUUAAAUGUUGUUCGUAAAUAUUUUGUGUGUUGCUUCGGCAGUUUUGUAGAAUGAUCAUAUGAGUUGCAGAAUGUCUUUGAGAUUUUAGUUAUGUGAUUGUACGUUUUUAGUAUUUUUGAAAAACUAAAAACGUACGUUUACAACAUUUUACAUUUUUUAAUUUUAUAUCAAUUGCAACAAUAUUGUAUCUUUUCCUUCAUUCGUAUUCAUUUUUAGAAAAUGAAGGCUAUGUUUUUCACCUAUGAAUUGUAUCCAAUUAUAGAACACGUAUGUGACUGAAUUCUGAUUACAGCAGAUAUGAAUUGAAUGUUUGAAAGAAAUCCAGUUGUGAAAAAAGGAAUGCAUAUUUACAAACAAACAAAAUUUAUAUAUUUUUAUUAUAUUA